UUGAUGAUGGAGAACGUUUCUUCACAUGAGGUCUUCAUUUUGGAUGGUUUUGAUGAACUCGGACCGCUGAGGCCCGUCCUCGUCAUCCCGUAUUUGGUGAUGUUCGUCCUGUCGCUGUUUGCCAACUUCCUGCUGCUGUACGCCAUCACGUCUCAGAGGAGCCUCCACUCGCCCAUGUACAUCCUGAUCGCCGUCUUGUCUGGCGUUGACGUGAGCCUCCCGCUCUUCUUCGUUCCUCACAUGUUGUUGAAUUUGGCGUUGGGCUGGAGGGGAAUCUCUCUGACUGGAUGCCUCAUACAGAUGUUCAUCAUCCAUCUGCUGGGGACGUUCCAGUCCACUCUUCUGCUGUGGAUGUCUCUGGACCGAUACUUUGCCAUCUGUACGCCGCUCCACUACCACGAAUACAUGGCGCUAAAGAAGUUCAUCAAGUUUGUGGUUCCACUCGUCAUCAGAAACGUCUUCAUGAUCAUGCUGAUAGUGACUCUGGUGCGAAAGCUGUGGUUCUGUGGUGGAAACGUGAUAAACCACUGUUUCUGUGAACACAUGGCGGUGGUGGCGCUGGCCUGUGGAUCCACCGCCGUCAACAACCUGGCCGGACUGUUGACGGUGUUCUUCAUCCCCGUCGCUGACUUCAUCUUAAUCACCGUGUCCUACGUGAUCAUCUUCAGCUCUGUGCUGAGGUCCGGAAGGUCAGGGGUCAAAGCACUGCACACCUGUGUCACUCACAUCGUGGUCAUUACGGUCAGUCUGAUGAUCAUCCUGGUGGCGUUUCUGUCGUAUCGGGUUCAGAACCGUCUCCCCGCAGUCGUCCGGGUUUUCUUCAGCACCAUGUACCUGUUCUUUCUGAGCUGCUUCAACCCCAUCAUCUACGGCAUCAGAACCACAGAGAUUCGACAGAUCUUCCUGAAGACGCUGAGCUGCUGUCGACCUAACCAGAACCAGCAUCCAUCUAGACCCUCAGACCGCAUCCAGAACCAGGACCAGCAUCCAUCUAGACCCUCAGACCGCAUCCAGAACCAGGACCAGCAUCCAUCUAGACCCUCAGACCGCAUCCAGAACCAGAACAAGCAUCCAUCUAGACCCAAAAGAACCAUAUGGGUCUGGAUUAAUGCGGAGAACCCUCAGACCACAUCCAGAACCAAGACCAGCAUUCACCUAGACCCUCAGACCACAUCCAGAACCGGGACCAGCAUCCAUCUAGACCCUCAGACCACAUUCAGAACCAGGACCAGCAUUCAUCUAGGCCCUCAGAUGGCAUCCAGAACCAGGACCAGCAUUCACCUAGACCCUCAGACCACAACCAGAACCAGGACCAGCAUUCAUCUAGACCUGAAAGAACCAUGUGGGUCUGGAUUAAUGAAGAGAACCCUCAAACCACAUCCAGAACCAGGACCAGCAUUCAUCUAG